AUGGAUCUGCAGAGCGCCUGUCGCAUGCUGCUGUUCCCGGUGCAGAUGUUCUACUAUCUGGUGAAGGCGAGUUUGUCCUUUCUGUGGCCGAGCAGUAAGAAGAAGGACCUGGGCAAGGAGGUGGUGUUGAUCACCGGGGGGGGCCGCGGCAUCGGACGUCAUCUGGCCAAAGAGUUCGCCAAGCAGGGAGCCAGGAAGGUGAUCUUAUGGGGCCGGACGGAAAAGUGCCUCAAAGAAACGAGUGAAGAGAUCUCUCUCUCAGGAACCGAGUGCCAUUACUUCCUGUGUGACGUGGCCAACCGGGAGGAGGUCUACAAGCAGGCCAAGGUGGUCCGAGAAAAGGUGGGAGAUGUUACGAUGUUAGUGAACAACGCAGCUGUGGUCCACGGCAAGAGUCUGAUGGACAGCGACGACGACGCCCUCCUGAAAUCCCAACACAUCAACACCUUGGGACAGUUCUGGACUACAAAGGCCUUCCUGCCUCGGAUGCUGGAGCUGCAGCACGGCCAUGUGGUCUGCAUCAACUCCAUUCUGUCCCAGUCGCCCAUUCCUGGGGCCAUCGACUACUGCACCUCCAAGGCCUCGUCGCUGGCCUUCAUGGAGAGCCUGACGCUGGGCCUGCUGGACUGCCCCGGUGUGGGCUGCACCACGGUGCUUCCCUUCCACACUAACACAGAGAUGUUCCAAGGAAUGAGAGUCAGGUUCCCUCAGCUCUUUCCUCCUCUCAAACCGGAGGUGGUUGCCCAGAGGACUGUGGAAGCGGUCAGAGCUGACAAGGCCUUCCUCUACCUGCCCUGGACCAUGCACGCUCUCGUCCUUCUAAAAAGCUUCAUGCCACAAGUUGCACUGGAAGAAAUCCACAGGUUUUCUGGGAGUUAUACCUGCAUGAACACAUUCAAAGGGAGGACAUGAACCCGGACUCCACAGAAUGUGAGGGUGACCUCGACGUCUCUGGGGCACAAUGAAAGGAAUAUGGACCUAAAGACAUCUGGUGGUGCAGGAGGCCCCAUAAUAGUGUGAAGAGAAAAUACUUAGGGGACGUUCACAAGGGGUUUCCCUCCUGCAGGUAGAAUUAAUCGAUAAACUGCAGGAUACCCUCUGGUCCCAUUGCAUAAGUGUGAGUGCAUAUCUGUAUAGUAUGGAGGACUGAACUCCAUUCUCACAUUGAACAGAAGCCAUGCUUAGGUGUGUACCAGUAGUUAUUCUGGGAGAUUUUGUGACACUCUUAGUCUGUUUU